GGUUAACGUGAGGUGGCCUUGAGCGAGGUGUCGAACCCCUGACUGCUCCCCGGGCGCUCUGGUGUGGCUGCCCACUGCUCUGGGUGCGCGCACGUGUGUUCACUGCUUCAGAUGGGUUAAAUGCAGAAGAUGAAUUUCUAGUGCUACGACUAAUCUUUCGACUAAUUUCCAAGUUGCAUAAGUUAUGGCUUUUAUCUAUGUUGUGUGCUUAUUCAAUAAACCCUCUGUCUCGAGUCUGGUGCCGUCUCGAAAGUGUUACACCAUUUAAAAUUACUAUAAAUGCGCGUGCAUACUAGCAUUGUUCAACUAAAACAUUACCAAAGAGUCGAGGGGGCCUGCUUAACAUCCAAAGACAGUCGGUCAUCGUACUUCACAAGAUUUAUAAAAAGCACACGCUAGCUAGGCAUGUAAACAGUAAUCAUAGUGUUGGGCUACUCACAUUGUCUUUUCCUUUUCUGAAGCAUCCUCAACAGCUCCUGUGUGUUUCCUUUUAAGGUGCUCGUGCAUCGUGGAUGCGCUCCCGUGAUAAGCCAACAAAGUCUUAGUGUACAAACCACCCUAUCACCAGCUGCCCUAAAGUCUUCCCAUACUUUCGAUGCUUUUGGUCUUUUCGUAACGUUAGAAGUCGCCGUCCUUGAUUCAUCAGAGUCACUUGCCGCUGCCAUUUUCAUGUCAAGGCAUGCUCAAAACCAAAGGAAGAUCAUAAUGGGAGAGGGAAAGAGAGCCAAUUUGACCGGUGGGGUGCGCACAUCAAAACUAGUGGUGUGGAGCGGAAUUACCUGAACACGGAUGAGCCGUUUGAGACUGAAGACCAAAAAUAAAUAGGCCGACAAAAAAAAAAGUCAUCGACUAAAAAAAUUCCAGUCGACCAUUUUUUAUGGCCGACUAAUCGCGGCAGCACUAUGAAUUUCACUGUGCUUGAACUGUGCAUGUGACAAAUAAUAAAGGUUUCUUCUUCUUACUCCACGGUGGACUCGGAUUGGUCAGAAGAGAAGGUGUUGAUUGAUUCUCUAUAACAGCAGCUCUGACUGUAGUGCAACUCUGCAUCACAGGUUUAUUUAUAAUAAAUACGCUCACUCUAAUAGGCUAUUGUUUCUAUAGCAACUGCUCGUUCACAGGGGUGUGUCCAUGUAAGCUUUGUGGAAGGAGUCUCCAGUAUCAGUGCUGUGUAACAGUCAGAGGUCAAGCUGGAACUUUGUUUCCUUACAUCUUCAGGACAGAGGAGAGAGUUUGUUUGUUUGUUUGUUUGUUUGUUUUAGUCUUAUUAACAAGAGCCUGGUGUUUUAACGUAAGUGAGACCAGGAACCGAUUUAACUUCCAUGUAACUAUAAAUGGAUAAAAAGUUUGACACGUCGUUCUGUAAUAAAGCUCAUCGUAAUGGCUGGUAAGUUUCUGUGGUGUCAGAAGAAUAAAACACUCCGGGAUGUGCUGUUAUUGGAAAAUAAUCAGCUUCAGGGUGGGAAGAGUAACUCCGCCUCAUCACGCCACGCCUUCACUACUUAGUUUCCUGUUACAGAAUGACAUGCGGUGGUUUAUUACUAACUUCCUGAACAUUUGCGCUUCAGAUUAAACCAGUUCAAUUUCAGUGACCUGUUAAUAACUAACUAAAAUAAUAAAGAUUUAAUAUUAAGUAAUUAAUCAGUUGUGACCUAAAAUCUGUGAUUUUUCUAGAACUGUCCACACAAAUCGAUGAAAAACAUUUUUCUCCCAAAAAAUUUGAAAUCUCACGUACUAAAUGUCAUACUGGUAUUAAUUCUGUUUGAUCUCGUCCGGUUUGUCAUCACAGCUGUCUGGGGUAAACACCCGCCUUCAUCGGGGCAGCUUCUGAUUGGCUGCUGGAGGAGAGUUUUAAUUGGUUGAGUGUAGAGCUCGAUGUAAAAAUCUGGAGAGCUCAUAGGCUCGUCAGAGUGAAGCCAUCUGGCCACCAUCUUACCACUCACAUCGCGUAGCGGAAUGGUUAUUUAUCUUUCUACGGGAAGCUACGCAAAACUGGACGAGUUAUUGAUGUAGCUGGUGAGAAAAAUUACAAGAAAAAUGGCUGCAUGUGCAGCAGUGACCUGUACAAACUGUCACGUCAGAGGUUAUGGAUGGGAUGGACAUUUCACCUAACCCAGACUACCAUGGCUUCUCGGACGACCCGUUUGUAGACGAGUGGAACAUGAGGUUGUCUUUUUUCUUCAGCAUUUCCAUGGCCAUUGUUAUCGGGGGAACGUUCAUCCACUAUUUACCGGAUCACGGUAUGAGGCAGUGGGCUCGACGGGAGGCCGAGCGGCUCAUUGUACUCCGAGAGGCUCAGGGUCUGCCUCUGAUCGAUGAGAACUACUACGACCCGAGCAAGAUCGUCCUCCCUUCGUCUUCAGACGAGUAAAAAAUGACUGAUUUGGAUGUUUUCCUGUUCAUUUGUGUUCAACUGUACAUUUAAUUCUAGUAAACUCACAAUAAAACUUUAUUACUCAG